GGAGGCCUGAGGCCCAGGGUGGGCACCAGCCAGCCAUGGCUGCAGCAGAGACUGCGUUACCCUCUAUCAGCACACUGACCGCCCUGGGCCCCUUCCCGGACACACAGGAGGACUUCCUCAAGUGGUGGCGCUCCGAAGAGGCGCAGGACAUGGGCCCGGGUCCCCCCGACCCCGCCGGGCUGCCCCUCCACGCGAAGUCGGAGGACCCGCCCGGGGAGGACGAGGACGAUGAGAGGGACGCGGACGCCGCCUGGGACCUGGACCUUCUCCUCACCAACUUCCCGGGCCCGGAACCGGGCGGGGCGCCCCGGACCUGCGCUCUGGCGCCCAGCGAGGGCCCCGGGGCGCAAUACCUGUCGCCGCCGGAGACUCUGAGCGCAUAUGCGGGCGGCCCGGGGCUAGCAGCCGGGCUCUUGGGUCCCGAGGAGCACUCAGGCUGGGCGCGCCCUACCCCGCGAGCCCCGGCCCCCGACGCCUUCGUGGGCCCAGCCCUGGCCCCGGCCCCCGAGCCCAAGGCGCUGCCGCUACAGCCGGUGUACCCGGGGCCGGGCGCCGGAUCGUCGGGCAGCUACUUCCCGCGGACCGGGCUGUCAGUGCCCGCGGCGCCGGGCGCCCCCUACGGGCUGCUGUCCGGGUACCCCGCGCUGUACCCGGCGCCGCAAUACCAAGGGCACUUCCAGCUCUUCCGUGGGCUCCAGGCGCCCGCUCCCGGCCCCGCCGCGCCCCCCUCCUUUCUGAGUUGUCUGGGACCCGGGCCGGUGGGCGCCGGACUCGGAGGGACUGCAGGGGACCCAGGCGUGGUCGCCGACGCCGCACCAGCCAAGCGCAGCCGGCGCUCGUGGGCGCGCAAGAGGCAGGCGGCGCACACGUGCGCGCACCCGGGCUGCGGCAAGAGCUACACCAAGAGGGAGAAGCCAUAUGCCUGCACGUGGGACGGCUGCGGCUGGAGGUUCGCACGCUCGGACGAGCUGACCCGCCACUACCGGAAGCACACGGGACAACGCCCCUUCCGCUGCCAGCUCUGCCCACGCGCCUUUUCGCGCUCUGACCACCUGGCCUUGCACAUGAAGCGCCAUCUUUGAGCUCCGCCCUGGCACGUGGACGCUCCUAGGGGCUGGGGAUGAAACAGUGGAUCCACCCAAGGUGGUUUUCCCAAGGACAGACCCUCGCCGGACUCGCGGCCCCUCAGAUCCACCGAAAAAGCAAGGACAGACCUGUGGGAGCCUCCAGCUGCAGCUCCCACGUGUCGUCAGCCACAGGGAGCCACACAGAGACGUCCAACAGCCACGCAUCCCAGCAAGACAGACCACCAAAUAAGCGGACUCUCAUGGACACUCAGACCAGCUCACAACAGCCCUGGACAGUGGGUGGGGGUGUGGGGUGAGGCUUCCUGGAGACCCCAGAUGGAGAAUGGGACUUCACACCGCGACUCCUCCUGGAGCCCCGCAUGGUGGCUGGCAGCAGCUGUGAAUGGUUAUGGGUCCUAUAAAAACGCCCCUCCCAGAUAAAGCUUCAGCAUUGACCUGA